AUCUUUGGGCUCUUCGGCUGGAUCCAAGUGCAAAUUUUUGGGCUUUUCAGCUGGAUCUAAGAUAUAAGCUAGAUCCAAAGUGUAAUGUUGCUGGAUCCAAAUUGAUCUUUGGGCUCUUCGGCUGA